AUGAAAUACCAACAGAGAUUAGUAUUGAUCACCUUUUUAGUGACUAUUGUUUCAAUAGUAAAUGCAACUUUACCAGAUACUCAAGUUGCUGCAUUAAAUGCAAUUGAUGCAGCAAUGGGAGUACCAUGGAAACCAAGUCCACCAACAUGUGGUUCAACUUUUAAAAACUCUGUUGUAGUUUGUGAUUCUACAGAGACUACGGUUGUAGCCUUGUCGAUUGACCCAGUUUUUACAUCAACCACCAUACCAAACAUUUUGGAUCAAUUUCCAUCACUCAAAUCAUUGUCACUUUAUAAUGGAAUUCAUAACUUAUAUAAUUUAACAACUAUUAGAAAUCAUCCUACCAUUUCAACCUUACAAUCAUUUGCAGGAUCGAUCAAUGUUACAACAGAUUUAACAACAAUGUUAUCAUUGGAUACACUUCAUAUUAUUAAUGGUUUCAAUUCAGUACCAUUGGUAAGACCAGGUUCAUUAACCUAUUUUCACUUUGUUAGAGCAGCUUCUCAAAGUUUGGCUGGUAGAAUCCAACAAUCUGUAUUUUCUCCAAAAUUAACUUAUUUCCAUCUACAAUCAACAACUGCUCAACCAUGGUUAGAACCUUCAAAUUCAUAUUUAAAUUUUACCAUUUUUGCAGAUUGUCCAAAUCUUGCUUAUUUAAUACCAGCCGCAUUAAAAUCAUUAUCACUUUAUGGUCUUGCCACUCCCAAUAACCAUACAUUCCCAUCCAUUCAAGAAGUAGAUUGGAUGAACCUUUCAAUGCUACGUUUGAAUAAUAUUCAAUUAAGUGGUACACUCCCAACUCAAUUGUUUACCUCUCCAACUUUGAAUACACUUCAUGUUAGUGGUAAUGCAAAUUUAAAUGGAAUUUUAACAACUGAUAUUGGAUACAAUAAAUUAACUUAUUUUGCAGCAGAAACUACAAAUUUAACAGGAACAGUACCAACAAAUAUUAUUGAUGGAGGUUUAUCAACAUUAAUGUUGAGAAAUACAAAAUUAUCUGGAGCUUUACCUGGGCCAUUUUUAUGUUGUGCCGUUCAAAAUCUUAAACCAGACAAUGUAAAACCAACCUAUUUAUUUGAUAAUGCUGUAUUUACCAAUUAUUUUGGACCAGAUGCACCAAGAUCAUGUCAACCAGUUAUCACUUCUAUCGAACCAUUCCCCAUUAGUAGUAAUUCAAAAAUCACUAUCAAUGGUAAUGAUUUGGGUGAUGUUUAUCUUAUUCAACUUAUCAAUUCAAUUGGUGAUAUUGCUUCUGUUGGUUGUUUAAAUUCUGAAUCAAAUUAUUAUAAAUUAAUUUGUACAAAUCCAAAUAUUCAAGGAAUUGGAAAUAUAACAUAUAGAGUUAUAAAUGAUCAAAUACCAUAUCCAACAACUACAGUUGAAUUUGCUUAUGCAAAUCCAAAUAUAACAAGUGUAACUAGAGGAUCGACGUUGGGAGGUUUAAUUACGAUUACUGGUAAAGAUUUGUUUGGUGAUUUACCAAAGGAUAUGGAAGGUACUUGGGUCAAGAUUUAUGGUUCAAAUUGUACACAAAUCAGAGUAUUGGAACCAUUUGAAUCGUUUGAAUGUGUUCAUGAAGCUGGAGUAACAUCCAAUGUUACCAUUUCACUAGAAAACAAGGGAUUGCUGAGCAACGAUACAUUGUCACCUAAAUUCUUUUUCCGUAAUCCUCUUAUCAUUUCCGCCACUGCUGUUUUACCAGACCAAGAAACCAUCAUUACUAUUGCCGGUAUGGACCUUUGGAAUGAUACUUCUAUUGUCAGUGUCUUGAUUGACGAUGGAUCAAUUCCAUGUACCGUCAAAACUGUCAAUCACUCUUAUGUUACUUGUCUUGUAGCAUCCAUGCCAUACUCUGAAGGAACAAAGACUAUUCAAGUUUCAGUCAAUGAUCAACUAUCUGAAAAAAUCCCAUUAUUCUCUUUUGUUGAUCAAGUUGUUUGUCCUGAUAAUUGUGGUAACUCAGACUCUUCCUCGUCCUCUUCCAUUUGUAGUAAUGGGUUAGGAUUUUGUCAAUGUCCUAUCAAUACAUUUGGUCCAGGUUGUAGUAGCAAACAAUCCACCAUUCAACCAGUAUUUAGUAAUUCAUCUGCAAUGAUUCAAUUAGAGACAUUUAGCUUUUUCUUGCAAUCGGUCAUUGAAAAUGGUGCUGAAACAUUUAUCCCAAAGGAUCAAUGGGUUGUCGAUACAACUAGAGGUGCUUCAUCAAGUUCCUAUUUCUGGUCACUUGGUGGUAAAUCUGUAUUGGUUGAAAUUGCAAUGUCUACCGAACCAACAUCUGCCGUGGUUGGACAUUCUCAAUUCCAAGUAGCUGCCAACACCUAUACCUAUGGUGUAACUUAUACCUCUGCCAUUCCAGUUACCAGUCUUGCAUUUACUGUCAUGCUUGAAACUUCACCAGAAGAAUGUGAUACCAUCCCCGUCCAAUACGCCACAACCAGUGAUAGUCAAGGUUCUACUGUGAAUGCACAUUGGAUGACAUUUACCAAAGAUGAUUCACAAUUCUAUGCUAGAUUCCCAUUGGUGGCACAAAUUGACAAUGAACAAGGUUAUCUUGUCAAUGAACCACUCGUCGACGACACCAAAUCAUCCAUCCUAAAGGUCAACAUUCAAUCUGACCAACUCAUUACCACCACCUUUUUCCAAUUCGACGCCACUCUUUUGGAGGCUCCAGAAUCACGUUCCUAUGACACCCAAGGUAGUUGUCCAGUUAAAAGUGACAAAUGGAAGGCUAUUGUCGGUGGUGUCGUCGGUGGUGUUGCAGGUGCUGCCCUAGCUGCUGCUGGUGCUUUUAUCAUCUUUAGACAACAAAGAAAGAUUAAUGAUACCAAAUCUCUUUUAGAUAAAAAACUAAAAGAAUUAAAUCAUGAUCUCUAA